AUGUCAGCAAUUCGUCAUUUAGUAUCCAUUAAAGACCUGGAGGAUCAAGAGUUUGUAACUCUAAUUGAGAGAGCAGAAUAUUUCAAGAAAAUAUUCAAAAGCGAUGAGAGCGCGGAAUUUCAAAAGAAUCACUUGAAGCUUCUUGGAAAGACAAUCGCCUUGAUUUUCACCAAGAGAUCUACUAGAACCAGAAUCUCUACGGAGGGAGCAGCCACGUUUUUUGGUGCUCAUCCGAUGUUCUUGGGCAAAGACGACAUCCAAUUGGGUGUAAAUGAGUCCUUCUACGAUACCACCAAGGUUGUGUCGUCUAUGGUGUCGUGUAUCUUUGCUCGUGUGAAUAGCCACAACGAUAUCCUACAGCUGUGUGAACACUCCAAGGUGCCUAUCAUCAACUCGUUAUGUGAUAUGUACCAUCCGCUGCAAGCUAUUUGCGAUAUGCUGACGAUCAAAGAGCACUUGGACUAUUCGACAAACAAGCUGAAAGUCGCGUGGAUCGGUGAUGCCAACAAUGUCAUCAAUGAUAUGGCUAUUGCUUGUCUGAAGCUGGGAAUGGAUGUGUCCAUUGCAACGCCCGCAGGUAUUGAGCUGGACUCUGGCAUCGCUCAAGUAGGGAAGGAAAUCGCAGCAAGAAAAAACCUUAACUUCAUAUUAACACACGACUCUGUCGAGGCUGCCAAGGGUGCACACGUCCUAGUGACCGACACUUUCGUCUCUAUGGGUGAGGAGUACGCCAAAGCUGCCAAAUUGAAGCAAUUUGAAGGUUUCCAGAUCGACGAGCAAUUGGCCAAGCACGCAGAUCCAAACUACAAAUUCAUGCACUGUUUACCAAGACAUAAUGAAGAAGUCAGCGACGACAUUUUCUAUGGGAAACAUUCCAUAGUAUUUGACGAGGCUGAGAACAGACUGUAUGCUGCUAUGGCGGCCAUUGACGUGUUUGUGAAUAACAAAGGCAACUUCGACGAUCUCAAAUAA